UAUUGGUUCGCUUGCCGUGGAAUAACUUGGCGUUAUCGGCGUGGCAGCGCUCUGGGGGCGGGGCUUCAGGGUCAGACAGGAAAAGAAAGGCGAGCGAAGACACCCGAGCCACAAACGAUGGCAGCCAUCCGUAAAAAGCUGGUGAUUGUUGGGGAUGGAGCAUGUGGGAAGACCUGUCUUCUCAUAGUUUUCAGCAAAGACCAGUUCCCAGAGGUGUACGUUCCCACCGUUUUUGAGAACUAUGUCGCCGACAUUGAGGUCGAUAGUAAACAGGUGAGGAUUGAAAUUCACUAUUUGAUGGCAAGCUGCAUUUUGUUUUCGGAGUUCUUGUACUUCCAUCAGCUCUACAUCAGCUCAAAUACAUUUGAGUUCACCUUAACUAACACCCUGCAUUCUGUAACAGAGAACAUACCAGAAAAGUGGACACCUGAGGUGAAACAUUUUUGCCCUAAUGUCCCCAUUAUACUUGUGGGCAAUAAGAAAGACCUGCGAAAUGACGAGCACACGCGCCGGGAGCUGGCCAAGAUGAAGCAGGAGCCAGUAAAACCAGAGGAGGGGCGUGAUAUGGCAAACCGCAUUAAUGCUUUUGGCUAUCUGGAGUGCUCAGCCAAGACAAAGGAUGGUGUGAGGGAAGUGUUCGAGAUGGCAACCAGGGCAGCACUGCAAGCCAAGAAACGUGGCAAGAAGAGCGCCUGCCUCCUGCUAUAGAGAACCCAGGGUUAGGAGGGAGCGGUGUGGAGAGAAGGGGGAUCUAAGCAGGCCAAGGAGAAUUGGGAGGGGUGGGGAGAGGAGGCAACGGUGUCCUGGUGCAGAAGGUUUUGUAGGGAGAAACGGAGGAAAAGACUAUCAAGCCUGCUCAAAAGAGAAGGGAUGUUCAUGUUGGGAUAAGCUCUAAAGAAAAGGGAGGCAGCAUUUUCAUGGCCAAGUUUUGAAGUUUCCAAGUUUCUAAAUGUUCACUGCAGUCAUUUUUUAGGAAAGAUUAUAUUUGAUGUUAGCUUUGUACUGUUGCACAGUUAAAUUGGCCUCCGACAAUGGAAAAAUAUCUGACGCAAAUAAUAAAGAGGCAGAUUCGUACUGGACUCGGGUUAUCUGAAGUUCACUUUUUGAUUCUCUUGAUUUUUAUUUUUUUUCCCUUUUCAUUUUGGUAAAAAUGAAUGCAACUCCAGCUGGAGGUGCAGUGUUGGGGAAUUGCGUGUAUCAUCAGGCAUGUCGCCUGUAACAGGGACGCCUGUAUGUGCAUGUCAAUGAGUCUCUAUCUCUCUCUCUUUCUCUGUUUGUCAGUUUCCCUGUGAAUGUAUGUCAUGACGGGCAGUCCCAUUCACUUAUGGAAUAACCACCUCCUCCACGAGUUACUAUUAUGAAACAGUUAGGGCACAAACUGAAAAUUCUAUCAAACUUAAAACAAUUAUCCACUUCAGUGGUUCAUUGAGGCAACCUGCCAUUUCUGAAUUCUCUUAAUGUUAAUAAUAUUAAUAUUAUUUACCUUUGCAUAUAAAAUUCAAAUGAAAUGCAUAAACAAACCAUAUCAGUUCAGUUAAUUGUAAUUGAGUUUUUCUAUGCUUUGUGUAUUGUAGAUUAAACUACUACUAGAGUAACUGGAAUUUGUGGUAUUUGUGAUGUGGACUUUGAGAUGGACUUUAUUGGUGUAAAUUUGAAUAACAAACACUUAAGUCAUGAUUUUGAAAGGACCACAGAUUUUGGGAAUAUUUUCUGGCUGAUAAUUUUGCGAGAUGUGGCAGUCUAGUUUGUAAUGAGCGGGUGUCUCACUCUCCCUGUAUAAAAUACAAUGUUACUCCCACCACCCUUCUCCAUGUCCCCCUCCGAUUUGUCUAUUCUCCCCUUUAUUUGCUCUUGUACUGUAUAUUUAACCCUGUGUGAAAUUUUACUGGCUUGUCUUUGUAUCAGUUAUGCCUUUUUUGCAAAAUGUAGAACAUAAUUUUAAAGAGUAAAUGUAUAAAACCUGAAGAAAUACAACUUAAUGUUAAAAUAUUAAAUGAGAAACUUUUUUUUAAAUGAGGAUAUUAACAUUUAAUUGAAAGAAACAAUGGAGCAAAUAACCUUUUGUACACAUGCAUCUUGGAAUUUCCUGUCUGCUUUUAAAUGUUCUUUAAAAAAAAUAAAAUGUUUUUAGGGUAACUC